AUUCCACUCUAGUGAACCAUCGGGAGAAGGGGUAAAAUCGGUCUAUGAUCAUGUACGAUUAUCUCUGAAAAAGGCUAAAAAGCUGGUAGAAUCUAACUCUCCUUCACACCUCAUACUUCCUCUUAUACUCUCUUGUACCGAACUUACCAUGUCACUCGGUCUUUGGCCAAUGUAUAGAUUAAGUAUAGUCCUCCUCUCCCAUGUUCUCAUUUCCGCAGAGAGUGGCUUGGCUCAGAAAGCGUUGAGUGAGGUGGAAAGUGUUUGGUCGCAGGUAUUAGAAUCAGGAGAUGAAGAAACGAUUUGUUUAGCUGCUUUAGCUAUGGGGAAAGCGAAUGUCGAAUUGGGUUUAGACAAGCACUCAGAGGUAUUGUUAUCAAAAGCGAGACAUGACGUCGAAACGGCUUUGAUAGCAGCAAGAAAACUCGAGUCAACUUCCUUGAUCCAACAAUGUCUCACGAUCCUAUCUCUCCUCGCAGACUUGGCCGUAUCGGACGAUCGGGAUGAUUUAGCAGAAGAAUGGGCUUCUUCGUAUCGUAAAGAUCAAACGGAUUUCAAAGGAGAUUUACAGACCAUAGGUGAGAUCGUCAAGCUGGUAGGUGUACGUGUUAUAGAAGGAUGGAAUGUGACGUGAUAACAACUAUGCAUGUUUUAUUACAUC